GGUGGUAAUGCUCCUACCUUCUCAGGUUAGUCCGUUGCUGGAGUGCUAAAGGGGUAACAACUUUGUCUGUGUCGGUCAUUCAGAAGUUUUAAAUUUCGACCAAAAUGAGGGAAAUCGUACACCUGCAGGCAGGCCAGUGUGGGAACCAAAUUGGAGCCAAGUUCUGGGAGGUGAUAAGUGACGAACAUGGCAUCGACCCGUCCGGGACAUACCAUGGGGACAGCGACCUGCAGCUGGAACGAAUCAACGUGUAUUACAACGAGGCAACAGGUGGCAAGUAUGUCCCUCGUGCAGUGCUGGUGGACUUGGAGCCAGGCACAAUGGACUCUGUGAGGUCUGGUCCCUUUGGCCAAAUCUUUAGACCAGACAACUUUGUCUUUGGCCAGAGCGGAGCAGGUAAUAACUGGGCUAAAGGCCACUACACUGAGGGAGCCGAGCUGGUGGACUCGGUCCUGGAUGUGGUGAGAAAGGAGGCAGAGAGCUGCGACUGCCUCCAGGGCUUCCAGCUCACACACUCCCUGGGAGGAGGCACCGGCUCCGGCAUGGGCACGCUGCUCAUCAGCAAAAUCCGAGAGGAGUAUCCAGACCGCAUCAUGAACACUUUCAGCGUGGUGCCUUCACCCAAGGUGUCAGACACAGUGGUGGAGCCAUACAAUGCCACCCUUUCUGUCCACCAGCUGGUCGAGAACACAGAUGAGACCUACUGCAUUGAUAAUGAGGCCCUGUAUGACAUCUGCUUUCGCACGCUGAAGCUCACCACGCCCACCUACGGCGACCUUAACCACCUCGUCUCAGCCACCAUGAGCGGGGUGACCACCUGCCUGCGCUUCCCCGGACAGCUCAACGCUGAUUUGAGGAAACUGGCCGUCAACAUGGUGCCCUUCCCCAGGCUGCACUUCUUCAUGCCAGGCUUUGCCCCCCUGACCAGCCGCGGCAGCCAGCAGUACAGGGCAUUGACAGUUCCUGAACUCACCCAGCAGAUGUUCGAUGCCAAAAACAUGAUGGCAGCUUGCGACCCACGCCACGGGCGCUACCUAACAGUCGCCGCCAUCUUCCGAGGCCGCAUGUCCAUGAAGGAGGUGGAUGAGCAGAUGCUGAACGUGCAGAACAAGAACAGCAGCUACUUUGUGGAGUGGAUCCCCAACAAUGUCAAGACAGCUGUCUGCGACAUCCCACCCCGUGGCCUCAAGAUGGCCGCCACCUUUAUUGGCAACAGCACAGCCAUUCAGGAGCUGUUCAAGCGCAUCUCGGAGCAGUUCACUGCCAUGUUCCGCCGCAAGGCCUUCCUCCACUGGUACACGGGCGAGGGCAUGGAUGAGAUGGAGUUCACGGAGGCUGAAAGCAACAUGAAUGACCUGGUGUCCGAGUACCAACAGUACCAGGACGCCACUGCUGAGGAAGAGGGCGAGUUUGAGGAGGAGGGCGAAGAGGACAUGGCCUAGACACCUACCAUGACCUUUUUCCUACUAUGCACAGUUAGGGCUGGGCGACAUGGUUCAAAUCAUGGUCGCAUUAUUGAUGCUUGAAGCAAUAGUUAAAAUCAAUAAUUUGGACAACAAAAAUUACACAAUAAUUAUGUAAUAAUUCCACUGAAAGUUGUCAAAUGAUAACAUUGAAUUCUUGUCCAGCCUUAGCAGGAGUGCAAAGGAUUUCUCCAGCCUUGGUUUUUACAUGUUGUCUGUUCUGUUUUCACACUGUUUUUGUUGUCUGCAAUCCUCUUCUUCCUUCGUGUUUUGGAUAUGAAUGUUUUUAACCUCUCCUGUUCUCUCUCUGUUUAGAGGGUAUCACCUAAACAUCAGGGGCAAAUAUGCAAAAUUCAGCAUCUGUCAUCAUGUAUUCACAUGGGAAAACAAAAACAUGGAACAUGCUGUUAAAAUUGUAAGGAGCUUUUGGGCAAUCAACUGCACAAACAGGUAAUGGUUAACAUUACUUCCCUGGUAUAUAUAAGGGUCAGGAAAUACCAUUUCUCAUCACAUUUCAAAAUCCACAGACUACUGACUGUACGGUAUGUCACGGAUCAAUUUGGCUCCUAAUAUUACAGCUCUGUCUAUUCAUAGCAGGCACCUGUUGUCUGUUGUGUUGUGAAAUCAUUGUAAGUGAUCACUCUGUGUCCAGUCUUAGUCUUUUUCAACCUGCAGGUUUAAAAUGUAUUUGUGACAAAAGAAAAUGUAACACUGACCAGAUCAAGGCUGAAUUUGACACCUACCCUGUUUGAUAUGAAAUGUCAAAUGUUUUGGCAGAAAGAAAUAAUUUCAUUUUCUGAAGUAGAAGAAAACUUGAAAAUGCACUGAAAGCUAUGAAUAGUGUCAGAAACUGGUCACUGCUACAUUAUUUUUUAGUGUGCUUGUUCUAGGAUGUUAUUGACAUCGAAGGUAUAGCUGGAUUUUAAUAAAGAUUUUAUUUGAACGCUG